CAGUUCAGGCUGAGGCGGGCGCAACCGCACUAGAGGGAAAGUCAAGUCGUGCUGGACUGGCGCGAUCUCCUCGCACUGUUUCCAAAUAAAAGGAAGGACUCUACUCCGCAAACAAUCAUGCUUCUAAAAUAAUGCAACAUGUCGAUCGGGUCUUUGCGAGGCAUGGCUUUCGUUUUGACGAGCUUGUUCCUGUUUUGUGCGAGUACUGUUUGUGAGACGCAACACAGUGAAACCAGUAUUUAUUUGGAUAAUAUCACGCGUAUAUUGGACAGAUUACUGGAUGGCUAUGACAACAGGCUGCGACCAGGAUUUGGAGGUCCCGUCACGGAGGUCAAAACUGACAUCUUUGUCACCAGCUUUGGUCCAGUUUCAGAUGUAGAGAUGGAGUACACCAUGGAUGUGUUCUUUCGUCAGACAUGGAUUGAUGAGCGGCUCAAAUUCGAAGGCCCAAUUGAGAUCCUGCGGCUAAACAACCUUAUGGUCAGCAAAAUCUGGACCCCCGACACAUUUUUCCGGAAUGGCAAGAGGUCAAUCUCUCACAACAUGACCACUCCAAACAAGCUGUUCCGCAUCAUGCAAAACGGAACUAUCCUCUACACCAUGAGAUUAACUAUAAAUGCAGAGUGCCCAAUGCGCCUCAUGAACUUCCCAAUGGAUGGCCAUGCCUGCCCACUCAAAUUCGGGAGCUAUGCAUACCCCAUCAGUGAGAUUGUGUACACAUGGAAGAAAGGACCUUUAUCUUCUGUUGAAGUCCCACAGGAAUCAUCCAGCUUGUUGCAGUAUGACCUCAUUGGCCAGACUGUAUCAAGCGAGAGGCUGAAGUCCAACACAGGUGAAUAUGUCAUAAUGACUGUCCACUUCCAUCUUCAAAGGAAAAUGGGUUUCUUCCUGAUUCAGACCUACAUUCCCUGCAUAAUGACUGUCAUUCUGGCGCAAGUUUCCUUCUGGAUUAACAAGGAAUCAGUUCCAGCUCGGACCGUCUUUGGUAUCACCACUGUCCUCACCAUGACAACAUUAAGCAUCAGUGCACGGCACUCCCUCCCAAAAGUUUCAUAUGCCACCGCAAUGGAUUGGUUCAUUGCCGUGUGCUUUGCCUUCGUCUUCUCUGCCCUCAUUGAGUUUGCGGCCGUCAACUACUUUUCAACACUCCAAGCCAACCGAGAGCUGCGAAAGGCAGCAGCCAUGAAGGCAGCUGCUCAGGAAGCAGCAGCAGCUGCAGCAGUGGUUCCAGCAGCAAGUACAGCGACAGAGGGAGACGCUGCGUCAGUGGAUGCCAAUAGUGUAUUGAAGAAGAGGAUGAACUCUGCUCCAGUUUUCGAUCGCCCUGCAAAAACUUUUCCAAACCCUCCUGUCAAUGCCCAAGCUUUCCUCCAGCAAGGCUCCGCGGUUCCAGCCAACAACGUUCUGACAGGCACCAGCAUCAUUGACAAAUACUCACGCAUCCUUUUCCCUCUUUCGUUUGGCGCCUUUAACCUGGUCUACUGGAUUGUUUAUCUCACCAAGGACACCAUGGAGAUGUCAAGGAUUCCUGGAAAACCUUAAAGAGUUAAAGAUUCCCAGUCUCUUUGUGUUUCUCUUUUGCUUAUUUUUUUUUUAAUUAAACUUUUCAUUCCACCAUUCAUCAUCCGUCUACAAAUGUCCUGCUGACCAAAUCAUUAACAAGGCGUAUUUGGACAAUUGCAUCAUGAAGACUUUCUUUUCUUUUGAUGACAAAACCAAGUUCUUGUAAAAUAAAUGUUUAUUUCAGUCAUUUGCUUUUAAUUAUAUUGCAUUGCAUCAGUUAACAAGUAAUUUAUGUAUCUGUUAGCUAAAGAAAAUGUUAUAAUUUGAAAUGAAUACAAGCAGUCAGACAAUGUAAAAUGUUUUAAUUAGAGGGAACAUGCAGCCAAGUCAAUUAUGGGAGGAACCCAGGAUGCCUCAGUGGUUGAGGUAAUGGGAAUAGAAGAAGAAACAAUAAAGCACAUUAGAAAUAUCCUUUAUUGCCCCACAAUGGGCAAAUUUAUGUGCAACAGCAGCAAGGUGACAGGGAAUCAAAGCAAGUAUAUUUUAUAUCAAUAUAUAAAAAACAGAAUAAAGAACAAUAUAAAUGACAAUAAAAACUGCAUAGCAGCAGAUAUGUGCAGAAGCCAGCAGAAACGUUGUUCAGAAUGAGUAAAUCUGUGCAAAAGAGUGUGAUGGGGAGAAGAAAGUGAGACGGAGCAACAAAACAAUAAGCAGCAUAAUGUAUCAAUAAUAACAUUAAAUGCUGGCUUUCAACUUUAAAUAGAAUGGAUCAUCAGCUUAAAUCCGAUUUUAAUGUUCUAAGUCUCAAGCUGCAGCCCUCAAGGUGUCCUGCAGUUUUUAGAUGUGCCACAGGUACAAAACACUGCCACGAAAUGGCUUAAUUACCUCCUUUUUGUGUAGCUAAAUUCUUCAGAGUCCUGCUAAUGAGCUAAUUAUUCUAUUCAGGUGGUGCAGCAGAGGCACAUCUAAAAGUUGCAGGACAGGGCCGGUGUCCACUUUGUGCUCUAAGUAGAUUCUUUGAAGGACAAAUUAAUAGAAUGAACAAAUAAGUGCAAGAUAUGGCUAGAAACAAUAGAUACUUAAAUAUGUAGUUAAAUCAUUUCAAACUGAAAUAAAAACACAUUUUUAAUACAUCAUAAAUUGAUUAUAUGUGACAGUAAUUCAUAAAAAGAUCAGUUGAAUUGGAAGUAUGUGAGCAUUUAAUAAAUGAAUCAUGAAAUAAUUAAAACUGUCAUUGGCUUACCAACAGAUCUCAACAUCUGAUUAGUUACCCUUCACACCAAGUCAAGACUGAUUGACCCCAGAUUGAUACAGAGCCUCCUGACCCUUAGAGAUGCAGUAAUUGUUUAGGAGACCAAUAAAGAGUAUGUUUUUGUAUGUAAAAGGGUAAUUGAUCUUAUCAAAUGCCUGAAUCACCUUAGUCAAUUCCUUUCAGUGAUCCCUUCAAACUUCCCGGUUAUGGUAGGAUUCCUUAUAUUAUUUCUCAGAGUUAGCCUCAAUACCCAAUGGCGGAAACUUAUUUUAUCUGCUUCCAUCUAUGAUCUAAUUUUUUCAGGCUUGAUCCAUAACUUAUAACCAUAGGUGGUGUGGGAUUGAACAAAGGCACUCUGGUAAAUCAAUAGCUUCUUUUCAUGGUUCAGCUCUCUUCACCACAACACACCAGAGCAGAGCCCACAUUACUGCAGCUGAAGUAAACUCCGGUGCUUGAGGCACAUGCUCACCACAGAUAUGGAGUCUUCCCUUUUUGGACUUUGAGGUGUAGAAUCUCAUUCGAUCCCCUUCAGAGUCAGCAGCUUGAGGAGUCCAACAGAAUCAGACCAUGUGCAAAAAGCAAAGCUGCAACCGUGAGCCUUGAGUUUCUCAAAGCGGUCAGCCAUUUCGUCAUCAGUCGGCCUUGAGCUUGUGUCCAUGAACAGCACAAACAAGAUCAGUGAUUAAAGGCAGCCUUGGUGGCUGCUAAACAGGUUAUUAUCCUGUUUAGCUUUAGCUAAACAGGAUAAUAACUCUGCUACUGUUGAACCCUUUGCUAUCACAGUUUAUAUGAUGUAUUGUUACCACGGAAAAUAUAAUGUAAUCUGAGCCUCAAAAUGGCCUGCUGGUGAUCUAAACACAUUAUAAAGGUUGAGAAAAAAAAGUU